UUUAGCCUUAAAUUCAUGUAUUUUCUUUAUUUUUCCUACAUUUUCUUUGCAACCAAAUAGAUGAAAACUUCAUUUCUUUUGUUUUUUGAAUUUGGGAGAUGGAAUCAUUUAAAUUUGCUUUUUAUUUUUGGUAAUCCUAGAUUUUCACUUAAUAUAUGUCACUAUCAUUUUUUUUUAUACUUGCAUUAGCUUAAACCAUAUUUGGAAAUAUUUGUGCCAAGAAGAGACGACUUUUUGGAUGGUUGGUUUUGGCUUUGUGUUUUAUGGAUCAAAUAGAAUUUUCACUAAACGGUCUCAGCUUGUCACUGAAGAUUCUUAUUUGUGAACAAGUGUUGAAAUUUUUGUAAUGCUCAUGAGUCAUGACCUUAUUUCUUGCUUGGUAUUAACCUUGUUAUUCUUCUCUGUUACUAUUUAUGAUUCAGGUUUUAGUGGUCAGAACGAAACAGUUGUCACUUCCGUUCUGAAAUGCUGACAAGCUGGAGUGUUGAGUUCUAAAUGUGGCCUGCAUUUUGCUUCCUGGUUGAAUAUAAUUAUGACCUUUCUCUGUCAAGGUGCUUGGGGAGCCUCAAUAGGAUAUCUGAGUAUGGUGAAUUCAAGCUCUAUUAGUUCAGUUUGGUGAAUUUGUUGAGAUAUUGCUGUCUUAUUUCGAGAUGGUGCUGCCUGGGCCACCAAGUGGUGGUGCUCAGUCUGUUUUGCCAGCACUUACGCGAUCAAAUUCUGCUAUUUUGGGAUCUCAAGGUUCAAUGCCUCAGCAAGGAACAUUUUCAUCACUUGUCUCCCCAAGAGCUCAGUAUAGCAUGAAUUUACUCGAAAGCACAGCGAACAUUUCAUCACUCCUGAAUCAGACUUUUGGCAAUGGGGGUUCAAACUCUGGCCUAUCUGGUGUGAGUGGUUUCCAGCGGGGAGGUUUUGAUGCCACAGCUGAGUCUAAUCCUCUCACUGCUGUGGCAAAUGAGAUUGGUUUUAAUGUACCUCCAUCAUUCGCACCAUCAGAUGCUGCAAAUUCUGGGUCAUCAUGCCAACUUCAGAAUCAGCAAAUUGCAAACUCUGCUGGAAACCCUGCACUAUUGGAUCUACAGCAAUCUCAAGUUCAACAAUUUGAGCCACAAAAGUUUCAGCAUGGUCAGCAGUCGAUGCAACAAUUCCCUCUUUCCCACAGUCAAUCGCAGCAGCAGCAGCAAUUUCAAUCAAUCCGAGGAGGGUUAGGGGGCACAGGUGCUGUCAAGUUGGAGCCUCAGACUAUGAAUGAUCAGGUUGGUCCCCAGCAACAGUUGCAGUCAUUUCGAAAUAUUGGACCAGUGAAGCUAGAGCCUCAACAGAACCAAAUUGGAAGAGGCAUAGGACCUGUAAAAUUGGAACGUCAACAGUCUGAUCAAGCAAUGCUUUUGCAGCAGCAGCAGCAGCAGUUCCUUCAAUUAACCAGGCACUCUUCUGAAGCACCUGUUGCACGGAUGAACUUUUUGCAACAACAGCGUAUUUUGCAGAUGCAACAUCAGCAACAACUGUUGAAAUCACUUCCUCAGCAAAGACCUCAACUACAGCCACAGUUUCAGCAGCAGCACUUGUCUGUUCGAUCUGCUGUUAGACCAGCUUAUGAACCAGGAACUUGUGCUCGGCGUCUGACCCAAUACAUAUAUCAGCAACAGUGCAGACCUGAUGAUAACAAUAUUGAAUUCUGGCAGAAAUUUGUUGCUGAAUUUUUUGCUCCUAAUGCAAAGAAAACAUGGUGUGUUUCAUUAUAUGGAAAUAAUCGGCAAAGUAAUGGUGUGUUUCCUCAGCUUUUGCAGGAUAUAUGGCACUGUGAAUUAUGCAAUCGCAAGCCUGGCCGUGGUUUUGGAACAACUGUUGAGGUUCUGCCCAGGCUAUUUAAAAUCAAAUAUGACAGUGGUACUUUGGAGGAGCUUCUUUAUGUUGAUAUGCCUCAUGAAUAUCAUAAUGCUAAAGGUCAAAUUGUUCUUGACUACGCUAAAGCAAUAGAAGAGAGUGUUUUUGAGCAUCUUCGUGUGGUACGGGAUGGUCAACUUCAUCUUGUUUUCUCUCCAGAUCUAAAGAUUUGCUCUUGGGAGUUUUGUGUACGACAUCAUGAGGAGCUUAUCCCUCGAAGAUUGAUAAUACCUCAGGUAAGUCAACUUGGAGCUGCUGCGCAGAAGUACCAAGCAUCAGCACUGAAUGCAUCAUCCAACUUAUCUGCACCAGACUUACAGAGUAACUGUAACAUGUUAGUUGCAUCUGCUCUUCAGUUUGCAAAAGCCUUGGAUGUUCCUUUAGUCAAUGACUUGGGGUAUACAAAGAGAUAUGUACGGUGCCUUCAGAUAUCAGAGGUUGUUAAUAGCAUGAAGGAUUUGAUUGAUUAUAGCAAAGAGUCAGGGAUGGGACCCAUGGAAAGUCUGGCCAAGCUCCCAAGGAGUUCCCCAGUCUCCAUGCAGCAUAAUUCAGCUCAGCAACCUGAGGAACAGCGGCAAAUUACUGGAGAAAAUGCAAACAAUGAUCCUCAUUCAAUACAGUCAACUGUUCUGCAGCCUUCUGCAAGCAAUGGUGUUGCUAGUGUAAACUACUCCCACGGUGCAACAUCAACUUCUAUAUCUGCUACGAGCAUCAUUGGGCUUCUCCGACAGAAUUCCAUGAAUUCUAGAAUUGAAAGUCAUAUGAACAAUCGGAGCAGUCCCUAUGCUAGAACCCCAGUUCAGAUCCCAACUGCAGGGUCCUCUACGACUUUGCCAUCCACUCAACCAAAUCACUCUUCACCCUUCUCAUCUCCAACGCCAUCCUCAUCAAAUUUGCCUCCCCAAAGUUCUCAUAAUGCCCUGGCUCCUUCAACCACUGCAAAACAUGUCAAUUUUGCAAAUUCAUCUGUGCAAAUUCCACCACAGCAGUCAUCUCAGUCAAGUGAAGUUGACCCUAAUGAUUCUCAGAGCUCUGUUGAAAAAAUCAUUCAGGAAAUAAUGAUUUCAUCACAGGUCAGUGAAGCAGGUAACACGGUCAGUGUUGGUUCUAUGGGGAAUAACUUAAUGAACAAUAAUGGGCUUCCACAGGUGAGUCGCAGCUGCCUGAUGGGGAAUGGGUUCGUUGAUAACAAUUCAGGCAUUGCAGGUGGAGGAUUUGGGAACUUGAGUGGCGGCAUUGGUCUUUCUCCCAAUCCAUGUGGUAUGAGAUCUACCAUGGGGAACAACCCUAUGAAUUUCACUGGGAGGGUGAGCAUGCCAAUGAUGCGUCAAGAAACUGUGAACCAUCAACAAGAAUUAGCUAAUAGAUUACUGAAUGGGCUUGGAGCAGUAAAUGGCUUUAACAACUUUCAAUUUGAUUGGAAAUCCCCCUAAAUUAGUUUUGUGGACUACUCUUUUAUGAAUUUGCUAAGGUUUGUGGUGGUAAUACAGAGUGCUUCUGCCACGUAUACUCCUGGUUUGAUUUGAGUUUGGAGUGGUCAUUGCAUGGUGGAGGAUUUCAUCGACCAGCUAUUGAUUAUAGAGAGAAGGAUAACAUCUAACUUAGCCUUGGCAGGUGAAUGGUGAAUUGUUUACAUUUUCUUUUGAGUCCUUCCCCCCACCCCCGCUGUCUAGA